AAGUUCAACAAUCACAAGUUAUUCUAAUCUAUCAUACUCAAUCAACCAAUUGAUUAAGCAUGUCCGAAUCAAUCGCCCUCCUGCGCCGCCGCCGCGCCGACGACCUCACCCGGCUCGCAAACGAACACAUGCAGAAAGACCUCCGGGCCGAAGAUCGCGAGACUCUCAAAUCUGCUGCUUCGACCGUCUCACUCUGGACGGCCAUCGGAUCCGCCGCAGGCGUUGGUCUCGGCCUAUACGUCGCUUUUCGGCUCCGCAGCGCGCGAACAGCCUUUUUCCAGGCGUUCCGCGCAAAGGAGAAGCCGACGCAUCUACUUUUUGCGGACGGCCGCCAGGAGUCUAUCCCCGAUCUUACGCCGCUGUUAAAACCGACAACCCUUGGUGACUUUGCGACGUACUUUUUCGCCUCGGCUGGUGGAUUAUUCUUGGGUGGGGAACUUGGAUUCCUCGGUGGAGCGGCCAGUGGGAGCCGUAGUAUCACUAAGGACCCGGAGCAGAGGAGGCGCAUUGAGGCCGCGUUCCGGAAGUUCCGGGCGGAUGUGCUGCGCCAGGAAGCAGACUUGCUUGAUCGGGGACAGAUGACUGAUUCUGUUCUCUAGAAUGGUGAUCUACUUGAUUUGGAUGUAUUGGGUGUCAUGAUAUUAGCAAUUCUCCAGUUGAUAAGAGCUAAAUAAUUAGUAUGUGCAUUAAUAAAAGGUUUAUGGAGAUGUAAUGAAUAAUGAUAUAUAUUUUCAUAAGGACAACA